GAAAACGGGAACGCCGGACUCUGACGGUUUCAGCGGGGUGGACCUCCUCCUCUCUAAGCACACGUUUUCCUGCAACACAGAGAGAGUUUGUUUUCACUUAGCGUAACGACUGCAGCAGAUUUUAUAGUCGGUGCGAGACGACCAGCGCUGAGCAUCAAGCAAUGGAAGGAACUUAUGGGAAUUUGGAUCCUAAUGAACCCGUUUACAAAACUCCUACAUGUAAGAACAGAGGUUCAAGCAGCUCCAAGAAGAGACUUUACCUAGAAGUUAUUAUAUUUCUGGGAAUCCUGAACGUUGUACUGCUGGCUGGACUCAUCGCCCUCGGCGUAUACUCUCGUUACCUGGCAGCACAUCUUUCCGACAUCAAGCACAGCCUGACCGAGGACACCAAUGACAAGCUGUCUGCCGCUCUCAAAGCGAACCUCACCGAAAUGGUUAAAGAACUACAAUCGUCUGGAGGUUGGACCUGCAGCGCUGCUCCGCAGCAGUUUCCUGCAGCCCAGAUCGAUGCUGGCCAGGGGAUGGUUGUGAUGACAGACAAAAACUCCAACGCCUUCUUCUUGAGUGGAUCAAGUUGGUCCAAACUGGGCUCUGUGCCUCUUAAGCAUGUCUCAGUGGGACCUCCAGGGAUCUGGGGAGUCGACCGGCAGAAUGAAGUCUAUAAAUUUGUAGCCACUGAUUUCGUUCCUACUCGUGGUCUGGAGUUAAAGCAGGUAGAUGCAGGAGGACAAGGUCAGAUAGUAGGAGUUACCAUCAGCGACAGCAUCCACUGCCUGAAUGCCAACAGAGCCUCAUCCAUAAAGGAGCUCAUGAACUGGAACACCAUGAGUGGUUUGUUGAUAUAUUACAGCUGUGCUCCAACUGGAUGCUGGGGUGUGAACUCAGAAGAACAGAUCUACUUCAUGCAAAUGUCAAACUCCUGCAACGAGCCUGUAUGGAACCGCAUAGGUGGAGCGGCAAUCAGUGUCGAAGUUGGGAGUGACAGAAAUGUCUUUGUUGUAAAUCGAGAUGGACAGCUCUUCGAAAGAACUGGCAUCUCUGGCCAAGUGCCACAGGGCACAGGUUGGAAGAAAAUUGAAAUGUCUGUGAAGAUCAAACACGCCAGCUAUGACCUUGGGUAUCUGUGGCUUGUGAGUGAGACAGGUUUCAUUGUGAAAUGCACCAAGUAACCAGGUGGAAGUCCUCAUUUGAACCUUUUCUCUUUUCAUGACUUCUUUGCUUCAAUCCUAUGUGUGCUUUAUCAUCAGCCUUAGAACAGCCUGGGCCUCCUGUUUAACCAUGGUAGGAGGUUUGUAAUGCGGCAUUUUAACGCCUCAAUAUGUAAAUAAUGUAAUAAAUUCUGGCUUUAAUAUGUAAUGAAACAUUUUUACAACCACAGUAUGUAAAAUGCAAAAUGUAGUAAAAUCUUUGAACACAUAUUGUAAUAGUUUCUGUUGCAUCGUGCAUGAUUCCAAAAUGUGGAGGUCGCUUUUUUUUUUUUAAAUGAUAAUGUAAUAAUGUGGUACGUUAUGCAAUAAAGUUCCAUUA